AUGUCUCUGCGCGGGCCUCUGCGGCGGUCGCAUUUGAGGCAGGUGAGCGCCGCAAGUCUAGAAACAUUCUCCCCGCAUUCGCUGGAGACACGCCGAGAUGACCCAAACACGGGUGAGAGGACGGCCAGGCUGUCUUUGACGAGCUUGAAUCGGCGCCAAUGUACCCUAUGGGUUCACGAUGAGAUGUUCUCCCGAGAGGAGAUACUGUUCAAUCAAUCAGUGUUUACCGAGACUGGGGUCAAAGCCGGGGAUGUGGUUGAAAUUCUGCCCCUUCGGGCCUCCGGGGACCCGGCCCACUCCGCAUUGAAACCCGAUACAAUGACGAAAACAGUCCGCGAGAGCCAGGUCGAAGUGAAACUGACAUCUCAGACAGAUGGUUCCUCCAAAUUCAAGACCCCGCUGCAAAGCCGGUGUCUGUUCGUGGUGAAACCUCUCCCGCAGGACCUCCGAACCCGUCAUCCCCAGCUGGAGGUUUCGGUGACGCACAGCGUGGCCAAUAUCUUUGGCUUCAAGAACCGAACGCAGGUCCUGCUGUCGAUUGUGGAUCGGGAGCAAUGUACUGCAUCUCACGUCGAUAUCGCCUUCCGCGACCAAUACAUGGUCCGCUCCGAUAUGUGGCGAUUGGUCAUGUCGGAGCUUGUUGAUAAAAUCAUCUACAAGGGGCAAAAAAUUAUGUUCAUGGGAAGCAUCAAAGCCACUAUAAAAAAUAUCUUCAUCCGGGAAAAGAAGGUUCUGUCGGGAUAUUUCUCUCCUCGCACCAUCCCGGUCUUCCGCAGCGAAUCGGCAAAAUACGUCCUGUUUAUUCAGAUGUCAAGAGAGAUGUGGGACUUUGACUCGGAAGGCACAGGCGACAUUCUGUUCAGCCGGGUCAUCAACGGCUUCUUGCCAGAACUGUUCAAGCGAUGGGCCAGUUCCGAUGCGAAACAUCUGGUGACGAUUGUGCUCUUCACUCGAGUCGAAUACGAACCAUCCACUCACCACAACCCCGCGAAACUCAACUCUGGGAACCUCAAAGGUACACUCGGACCGAAUCACACCCCAACCCGGGAUUUCUAUCGUGUCGUAGUGAACGACAUGGCCAGCGGUCACUGGACCACCAUUCUGGACGAACUGAAAAGAAAUUUUAGGACGUUUCUCCGAGAUGUCUCAAUUUUGAAGACAGAUGAAAUUGACGCUGCGGCUGGUAGCGGUAUCAAAAUACCCUCAAAGCCUCACACGGCUACCAUUGCCGGACGUCCUAGCUCCGCCCUGCGAGGCAACAUCCUGGAGGCCAUCCACCUUGCCUCUGCUCAUCUGGCUUAUGAUCAUAUUGACCGAGACAUGGUCCAUACGGGUACCUCGAUCAUUGUGAUUACACCCGGCAGUGGCGUUUUUGAGGUCUCCUACGAAUCCCUGGCGUCUACAACAGAAGCGCUGUCGAAUCGUGGCAUAGCUAUCGAUCUAGUCUGUCUUAGCCCGAUGCCUCUUCACUCGGUACCACUCUUCAAAUAUCGCGAACCAAUAGAGAGAUCAUCCGGUGUCCCAUCAGAGACUCAUGAAUCGCACAAGGACAACAUGUCCCCUGAAAUCCAUCACUCAGUGUCUAGCCUUGUGAGCAGAUCAUCGUAUCUCUCCCCAGGCUCAUACCUUUCUGCCACGAGGAUGAGAGAGCGAGCCCAUCCACGGUCUAGGGACUGGAGCUAUGGCAUCCCUCACUGGCUUGAUAUCUCCUAUUGGAACCCCGAAACAUACAGGGAAGCUCGGCGGAUCUUGAAGAAAGAUCCCAAUGCACCGAUUCUUUUCACUGUCACUCGGCCAUCCAAAGCUUUCACGCCUCGGGUGCGAAUGUAUGAGAUCCAAAUGAUGGGAGUCAUGGAAAGUGAACAGUCAAAUAUCUCCAUUCCUUAUCUCAUUGAAGGGCAUAGUGCAACGAGAGCCCGCGCCGCCUGGCCUGUCGCGAAGUCUUCCCCUAAAGCUCGUUUUGCGCAGCCAUCGCCUCUAAGGACCCAAUUCAGCGAGAGUCUUCGACCCGAACCAUUUCUUCACAGCGAUAUGCAGGCGAGAGGCUCCUCGAAGUCACGCAAAUCCGUCAUGACGUGGAUGGAUCAGUACGAUGAAACUCUCUUUACGACGUCUCCAAAACUGCAUUCCGCCGCAAAGUCUACCAAAGCUAAGCGCUCAAGUGAACCCGAAGUUCAAGUUGCUGGGGCUCAUGAACGGAUAUCCGCUCGAUCUGUCUUGCGUCUGAGAGAGCAGGAGACGAGAGCCACUGAUCACGACCUUCCUCCACGACCGGGUCCCCGCAGGAUUGACUCCUCCAUGGCACUUCCAAGAAGCCCCGUUUCAACAAAAAGCUCUUCCCCCAAGAAGUCAGCCUUGAAAGCUGCGCGCGGGUCUUCGCGGAUAUCCAGAACUAUCAGUUUUGCGCUUCGGGGGUUGAGCGCUACUCCCCCAAGGGCCCAGGCAAGUACGGGGGUCAAUGUAGAGCAUGCGAACGCUUUGCCAAUGUCAAAUCAAAGAGUCCCCGGCGGUUCGAUUUCUGAUAGCAAGAGUGUUACAUCCUUAAGCCCUUCAGAAACCACCUCAACACCAACGGUGGGCGAGGUACCCUCGAGACCUAAUACACCCCCGAGGUCCGUCCAAACUCCCUCCAAGCCAAUUUCCAUCAAAGCCCCAUUGAAGAAGUCGCCCGAGACUUCGGACCAGCCUGGGCGUGCUGAAGCCCAUGGAUCGCCAGCAACAUCUGCGGCAGAGGCUCCAUUCGAUGAAGAAGGCCGUUAUGGGGAUCAGCCUCGGCGCCAUGGCCACAAGAUUGAAAUAACUGUGAAUUCUGGUUCACGCGAUGUGUCUGCAAGGAACUCACCCAGCAAAGCACUGUCACCCUGGGUCCGAUCUGUCAACCCUUGCAAUACCCCAAAAGAUGUGCUGCGGAAUACUAGCUGGUUUGGUCGUUGGCAACACGCCUAUCCCCGGCCUCCACAUGUGGCCGUGGUCAAAUGGAAAAGCUUGAAGUCUCCCGCAGUGUUACCGUUGACCACAGAGGAAUUCCCCACAUCCGCUGAACUUGCUUCGGACUAUCUGCAAACACCGUACCGAGUUUUUCCAAAUGAAGAUGCAGAGGGAAUCGAGGCACCGAAAACCCGUGGGGUACUUUUGCGUGAAAUGAUUUCGCUGCGGCUUUCUCAUGGAUUCCAAAUCGUCGUUGGGAAGAAUGUGGCUGAAAUAUCCGCACAACCCGCGCUUGAAUCCCUCAAUGUCUUUGAUAGCCGAGGGCUGGAACGUGAUGGGGCGACUGCUUUUCUCUCCAAGGGCAACACCAUCCACCGGCUUAUUUGUAUUGGCGGUGGGGAAAUCGAGGUCACACGCUUCACGCAUCAAUCCUCUGCAACGCUCGUGUCUCCCAAGAAGGCCUCGUUCACACUCUACCAACCGGCUAUGAGGACAAUCUUGAGCCCGGAAUACGAGUUGAAGGAUAUCAAGUUGGACCCUACUGCCGAGGAGUACAACUGGAACUAUGCCGACAACUACGUGGCUGGUCAUCGAGACUAUCUCCAAAAUCCGGCACAGCAGUUGCAUUUCUGGCGAGUCCGCUAUGUGUUGAUUCCGAUGCAACUUCAUCCCAAUUCCCGACGUCAUCUGCAACCGUUCAAUGAGGACAACGAGGAAGAAAUCCAUUUACUUGGUAUCAGUCAGCUGACCCAUAUCUGGCAACGACACAAGUAUGUGUCGCCAGAAGAGAAGCGCUUCGAAACGUCAAACCCAAGGAGAGACCAGAAUCCUCUCAAUAUCAUGUAUCAGACGCGGAACCCAUCAGAAAUCGUCACAGCUGAGCUAGACCGAUUACUGCUUACGGACCCGGGGCUUGACAGCUCACCGGCCCAGCUAUUACCGGAGUCGGAGUUGCUGGAGAGAUCUAACAUCAGUCUAUCCUCAUUGGCACAGAUCAUCCAAGGCGAGAAGGGCGUGCGGAUGAUGGACCGGAGAUGGCAUUGGAGGCUACACUACAAUUGUUUCAUCGGGUUUGAAUUCACCACUUGGCUGCUACAGAACUUCCGCGAUAUCGAUACUCGCGAAGAAGCAGUUGACUUCGGCAACGAGCUGAUGAAGCAUGGGCUGUUCCAACACGUGGAGAAAAGACACAAUUUCCGCGACGGCAACUACUUCUAUCAAGUCUGUGCCGACCAUCGCAUCACUCGUCCUGAAUCCCGGGGUAGCUGGUUCCCGCAGCUUCGAUCGGAUAAAUCGAUACCGUCGACGCCUGCUGCAGGGCAUAUGAAAGAUCCAUCCGGUCCGCAUGCUCGAUCUGACAGCGUCGAUGAGCGUGUUCCCCCGACACCGAAUACUCCGUCUAAGGGUAAGAGUAAAGCCGCCAUUAUGCUGUCGAAGUCGAUGAAGUACGACGUCGACCCGCGAAAACGGUCAAACCGGCCGGAAGUGAUCGACCUUCACUAUGACCGGCUGCACAACCCUGAGAACUGCUUCCAUAUCGAGCUUAGCUGGAUGAGUACGACUCCCAAGCUGAUUGAAGAUACUGUGCACUCAUGGGCGUCGACAGCGGAGAAAUUCGGGCUCAAGCUCGUCCAAGUGCCCAUCGCCGAGGCCUGCGCUAUCGACAAGACGCAGCCGUUCCGAAAGCCCUACCAAAUCAAACUCAAGAUUCCGCCACCCAAAGCACCUGUCCACACCGUCUUCAACAACGCAUCCUUUGCACAACCUGGUCCUCCUGAUCGCCAUUACUAUCAGAAGAUCAUCCUUCGGAAGUUCGACUUCGUGUUGGACCUCGAGCCAUCGUCUGCAUUCCCCGCAGACGUCGAGGUGUCGUACUCGUGGGGCAAGCCCGACUAUUUGUACCCGCAGUUCAUCCACCGCACCGGCAGCAUCCUCGCCCAGAUCACCAACGAGGGCGACUUUUUGCUCCUGGCCAACCGUCUCGUCAGCACCCGUAGCGUCGCCAGCCGCGACACAGCUCGCUACGAGCACCACAGCCGUUCAGAAUACCGGACCCGUGCCGCUACCACUCACGACGGACUCGACCGCGUGUCUCCGCGCCUGUCCCCGAUCACCCGGCCCCUGCAUGACAUCGGCAGCCCCAUGUCCCAAGGCCCGACAAGCAUUGACUCCGCCAACCUGUACCGUUCCCCGGAAUACAUCUUGCACGGCUUUUCCGAGUUCUGUAAUGAUGCUGUCCAGCUCGAGCAGUUCUAUAGCCAGUCACAUACCCGCCCGGCCUCUACCAAGGUUGAGCCUGCCACCACUCAUCUGAUGGAUGCGUCCAUCCCAUCGCUCGAGCUGCCGGCCAGCGUCGUUAGCCACCACAUCUCGCCGCCUCCGCGCUUACCGUCCCGUGUCACCAAUGAGUCUCGUGAGGGGAUCAAAUCCCCGGAAUUGACGCGUGUCCGCGCCCGCGGCGAGAGUCUGAGCUACAAGGGGAGUCCUCGCAGUGGCUCGCUGCGGCCUUUGAUCUGA